UUUUGAGCUAGCUGUAGUUUGCAACGUUCACUAUUUCGAAGUAGCCGUGAAUCUACAUUUGUUUUCAAAAAUUUCCUGAUAGUAUUUCACUAAACGCAGGUAGUUUUAUACCGCAGCUGUGUGCGAGAUAUAAUAUAUAUCGCGUAGUGCAGUUUAUCUCGACAAGUUGCUGCUUCAUACAUUUCGUUUUCUAUUUCAAAGAACCUAAAAUUUUAAUAAUUUAUCAUGGGUGAAGCCGCGAUUGUACAAGACAAUGGCUCCGGUAUGUGCAAAGCCGGAUUUGCCGGAGAUGAUGCCCCCCGUGCAGUAUUUCCAUCCAUCGUUGGUCGCCCACGUCACAAGGGGGUCAUGGUUGGUAUGGGUCAAAAGGACAGCUAUGUUGGAGAUGAGGCACAGAGCAAGAGAGGUAUCCUUACCCUGAAAUACCCAAUUGAGCACGGUAUUGUUACAAACUGGGAUGAUAUGGAAAAAGUCUAUCACCACACUUUCUACAAUGAAUUACGUGUAGCUCCAGAAGAACAUCCAGUUCUGCUCACAGAAGCUCCAUUAAAUCCUAAAGCUAACAGGGAAAAGAUGACACAGAUCAUGUUUGAAACUUUCAACACACCCGCCAUGUAUGUAGCUAUCCAGGCAGUACUGUCACUGUAUGCAUCUGGUCGUACAACUGGUAUUGUGAUGGACACUGGUGAUGGUGUAACCCACACAGUACCAAUCUAUGAAGGUUAUGCUUUGCCACACGCCAUCCUUCGUUUGGAUUUGGCUGGACGUGAUCUUACUGACUACCUCAUGAAGAUCCUGACAGAACGUGGUUAUUCAUUCACAACCACAGCCGAAAGAGAAAUUGUUCGUGACAUCAAGGAGAAACUGUGCUAUGUAGCUCUGGACUUCGAACAAGAAAUGGCCACUGCUUCUUCAAGUUCAUCAAUAGAAAAGAGUUAUGAAUUGCCUGAUGGUCAGGUUAUUACCAUUGGUAAUGAACGUUUCCGUUGCCCCGAGGUUCUCUUCCAACCUGCUUUCUUAGGUAUGGAAGCUGUUGGUAUUCAUGAAACAGCGUAUAACAGUAUCAUGAAGUGUGAUAUUGAUAUCCGUAAGGACCUGUAUGGUAAUACUGUCCUCUCUGGUGGCACUAGCAUGUACCCAGGUAUCGGUGAUCGCAUGGGGAAAGAUAUGACCAGCUUAGCUCCCAGCACAAUGAAGGUGAAGAUAAUUGCCCCACCAGAGCGUAAAUACUCUGUAUGGAUCGGUGGCUCCAUCUUGGCUUCCCUCUCCACAUUCACACAGAUGUGGAUCAGCAAAGAAGAAUAUGAUGAAUCUGGUCCAUCCAUUGUUCAUCGCAAGUGCUUCUAAACUUAUUAAUUCUAGUGAACUCACUGAUUAUUCAAUUCAGUAGAUACUAUAUGUAUACCCACCUUGAGUCAGAUCUAGUCUUACAGAUUUUAAUUAUAAAUUGAUAUAAAACACUUUGCAAUAUGUUUUUUACUAUUUUGUUAGUUCUCUAUUUGUUGAUGUUUAUUGCUAGAUGUCCAAUUUGUGAACUAUGCUACCAUUACAGUGUAUAAAUAAAAGUACUGUAAAACCACCUAAUUUCACUAUUUUUAGCACAUUCACUGGGUUCACAAAUUUGCCAGUGAAACAAUGUAUUCUAUUGUAAUUUGAUGUAUUCAUAUGAAUUUAACGUAGCAGAUUUUAAUUAUCAGUGAAAAUAGCACAAUUAAAACCCAGUAAACAAAUUGAUGCGAAAUACAAAUAUUGAUCCAAUUUUAAUAGUUUCCCUUCGUAUUGUUUGAUUACAAAAACAAUGGGCACACACACACAUUCAUGUAAUAUCAGUAGAUGUUUUAUAAAAACAUUGCGUACUGACUAGACUUAAAUUUUAUCCAAAAAAAAAAAAAAUUGUUUAUUUCUUGCAGUUGCCUUAGAUCCUGAAAUGAGUAUAUUAAAUAGAACAUGCCUUACACUCAUUGAUUAGAUUUUGUAACAAGUAAUCCGAGUACUGGGUACCUCAUUAAUAGAAACAGUUCUUGCGAGAAGUUGGUAGUGGUUCUGAAUUACUGUACUUUUUUUGUAUACAAAAUGUAUUA